CCCCGCGGGCUACCAGGCCUCUCGGUGCGCCUCUCUAGCUGCUUUGCUUCCCAGGGUCCCAUCUCCGUGUGCCUCACAUCUGGCGCACAGCUGUGCGGCUGCACGCGGUUUUCCGUGGUCCGGUGCUUCCCGCGACUCGGUGCAUUCAUUCUUCCGGAGCCACCCGGACCGCGCACGGCGUGGACUCGGCCCAGCGCUAAGUUUUCUUGACCCAGAGCCGGUGGUGGACGCGUAGGUGACCGCGGCCCCAGAGGUCGCCGGGGUCGGGGGCACCAUGGAGGAGCCCCCUGUGCGGGAGGAGGAGGACGGGGAGGAGGACGAAGGCGCCCUGGCCAAGAGCCCCCUCGAGCUGACCACCGACGACGUGUACGACAUCUCCUACGAGGUGGGCCGCGAGCUGAUGGCCCUGGGCAGCGACCCCCGCGUCACCCGGCUGCAAUUCAAGAUCGUGCGGGUGAUGGAGAUGCUGGAGGCGCUGGUGAACGAGGGCAGCCUGGUGGCGGAGGAGCUGAGGAUGGAGAGGGACAACCUCAGGCAGGAGGUGGAGGGGCUGCGGAGAGCCGGGGGUGCGUCCGGAGACCAGAUGAACCUGGGACCCGACAAGAUGGUAGUGGAUCUGACGGACCCCAACCGGCCCCGCUUCACUCUGCAGGAGCUGAGGGAUGUCCUGCAGGAGCGUAACAAGCUCAAGUCGCAGCUGCUGCUGGUGCAGGAGGAACUUCAGUGCUACAGGAGUGGCCUGCUUCCACCCAGAGAAGCUCCAGGAGGAAGAAGAGAGAAGGACGCUGUGGUUACCAUGGGCAACGGUGAGAAGGAAGAGAGGACCAUCAUGAAGAAGCUGUUCUCUUUCCGGUCAGGGAAGCAUACCUAGCUAGAGUGAAGGCCAUGGCUACGGUGACCCUCUGACUCAGAAGACAAUUGCCAGGGUGUCUUCUGGAACCAUCAUUCUGUACCAUGUUUCUGCUCUGGGCUUGCUCACUCGUUUCCCCCAGAGCAGUCAAAGGAAGAUGUUCUCACGACUCAUCUGCUCCCUAGGGACAGAACUGGACAGCCACCACGCUUUGGCCAGGACAGGUGAGGCAACUCCAAGAACUCCAGAGAGCAAAGGAACAUAGACCAUGGCCAUAUCCUGCCUCCAUGCAUGGAGGCCUAUACAGCCUGGUCCAGCCUCAAUGAUAAUCCAGUCAUUGACAUGUGGCGGGGGAGAAAUGAAAAAGUGGGAAAACAUGGAAUUGACUUCACUGAUAUUUGGUGAAUACUGUUUUUUCUCAUACAACUUUAUAUGACUUUUGUAUUAAAGUAAAAUGACCUUUAUACUUUCUA